UCUUGUCAACUCUUUAAGGGUUACCGACCGAAUAGCUUUAUGGAAAGAACACAAUAAAUUGGAUAAACCAGAGCCCUUGGCUGUUUUUUACGAUUUUUGUACAAAAUUAAAAGACGAAAAAGACCAAAAAGUGACUGAGGAUGAUUCAAAUAUUUGUUUGGAAGAACCUGAAAAAAUUGUCAAAAGAAUUGGAAAAAAUUUGAAAUUUGGAAAAACAACGUUUGAAGUGAAUAAAAAAGUAAAGGAAGCUUAUAAAAAUUCUCAAAAUACUCGGGAUAUGUUUGAAAAUGAAUUGAAAGAUGCUGAAGCAGCUAAUAUAUUGAUUGUAAUGAGGAAUAAUGGGAAAGCCAUUAGUUUAGUCAAGUCAGAGCCUAUUUCUCCAUGUAAACUAUACAAUGAUAAUGUCGUUCCCAUUUUUCAUCCAGGUUUUUAUGAAUUUUUUUUAUUAAAAAAUAUUUGA